AUGUUCUUUACAGGUCUUGAUGACAUUGAUUUUUUUCAGUCUUCCUUGAGUGAGCUGGGUGGUUGCAGACCUGCGUGUUACCUCCAACCCCUUGCGGCUGCCUUGGGGUCAUGCUACCUCACAGUGACAACUUCUCAUCUUGUGAUUUGUCAUUCUGAUCAGACAGCCCUCAGCACCUUUUUCCAGGAGACCAACAUCCCCUACAGCCACCACCACCACCAGAUGAUGUGCACCCCCGCCAAUACCCCCGCCACACCCCCCAACUUCCCUGACACUCUCACCAUGUUCUCCCGUCUCAAGGCCUCCGAGAGCUUCCACAGCGGUGGCAGCGGCAGCCCGAUGGCCGCAACAGCCACGUCACCCCCGCCACACUUCCCCCAUGCUGCCACCAGCAGCUUUGCGGCCUCCAGCUGGCCCACGGCGGCCUCGCCCCCGGGGGGCCCACAGCACCACCAGCCACAGCCACCCCUGUGGACUCCAGCACCCUCUUCUCCGGCUUCAGACUGGCCACCCCUGGCCCCGCAACAGGCCACCUCAGAACCCAGGGCCCACCCAGCCAUGGAGGCCAAGAGAUAA